AUGAAGCUCACGUUACUGCUGCUAGCAGUAGUUGUGGUCUAUGUCGCUGCUCAAGGAUCUCCUGGACGUCAAGGUGAUGAUUCAGGUGACGGUUUGUUCGGUGGAGCCGAUGCUGGAAGCGGUGGCUCUGGAGGCUGGGGCGACGCCAGCGCGUCCGCCGGGGCCGGAGCCUCUGCCGGUGGGCGUGGCGGUGGCCGAGGCGGUGGACAAGGUGGAUCUGGGAGAGGUGGAGGUCGUGGUGGUGGUCAAGGAGGACAAGGAGGUCAAGGUGGCGGUCAAGGCGGUUGGGGCGGAUCCCAAGAUUCUGGAUCUAGCGGACAAGGUGGAUGGGGAGGAUCAUCUGGAGGUCAAGGUGGAAGCCCAGGUGGAUGGGGCGGAGAUUCGGGAUCCCAAGGAGGAUCUCAAGGUGGAUGGGGUGGUUCCCAGAAUGGUGGACAAGGUGGAAACUCCGGUGGAUGGGGAGGAUCUCAAGGUGGACAACAAGGUGGAGGUGGUCGUGGUGGGCAAGGAGGACAAGGAGGCUGGGGAGGAUCCCAAGACUCUGGAUCUGGAGGACAAGGUGGAUGGGGAGGAUCCCAAGGAGGCAACCAAGGAGGAAAUCAAGGAGGAUGGGGGGGACAAAAUGGCGGACAAGGAGGCUGGGGAGGAAACCAAGGUGGAGGUCAACAGGGUGGAAAUGGAGGAGGACAAGGAUGGGGACGAUUCGGACCAGGAGCCCGUUGGGGAUGGGGACGCCCAUCGUGGGGUGGAUGGGGAAGAGGAUGGUAG